AAUGAGGGAAAGCCCCUCCGCAAGGACUGCGUUUCCAAACUUGCAGACAGGACAGGGAGCAGUAAAGGACGAGUUCCCGGGAAGCCCUUUAAAUUGAAAGGAAAAGAAGCAGGGCUGGUGGCAGAGAGGUGUGCCAGGUCCCAGGCAGCCCUACUGGCCCCUAAGGACAUAGAGUACCUGCUUCUAAGAGGGCUGCCAGGGUGGCCACCGGUGAAGCCUGUCACCCAGAACUGGAUGUACCUGGCUUUCUUCAUAGACCCAUCUUCUGCUGGGACUGAAGUUGACCUACAACAGGAGCCGGGUAAGCCCUUGGGAGAGGAUGGCCCAUGUGGGGGACUACACGCAGACGCCCUGGCUCCCCGUCCUGGUGGUGUCUCUGAUGUGCUCGGCCCGAGCGGAAUACUCAAACUGCGGCGAGAACGAGUACUACAACCAGACUACGGGGCUGUGCCAGGAGUGCCCCCCUUGCGGGCCAGGGGAGGAGCCCUACCUGUCCUGUGGCUACGGCACCAAAGACGAGGACUAUGGCUGCGUCCCCUGCCCGGCGGAGAAAUUUUCCAAAGGAGGCUACCAGAUAUGCAGGCGCCACAAAGACUGUGAGGGCUUCUUCCGGGCCACCGUGCUGACGCCGGGGGACAUGGAGAACGACGCUGAGUGUGGCCCUUGUCUUCCUGGCUACUACAUGCUGGAGAACAGACCCAGGAACAUCUACGGCAUGGUCUGCUACUCCUGCCUCCUGGCACCCCCCAACACCAAGGAAUGUGUAGGAGCCACUUCAGGAGCUUCUGCCAACUUCCCUGGCACCUCGGGCAGCAGCACCCUGUCUCCCUUCCAGCAUGCCCACAAAGAACUCUCAGGCCAAGGACACCUGGCCACUGCCCUGAUCAUUGCAAUGUCCACCAUCUUCAUCAUGGCCAUCGCCAUCGUCCUCAUCAUCAUGUUCUACAUCCUGAAGACAAAGCCCUCCGCCCCAGGUGACGGCCCCCAUGCGCCGGUGCCCUGCCUCCUGGACUCUCCGUCAACUCCCCCUGUCGGAGAGCCUGGCUGCUCACUCCCUCCUCUCUCCGCAGCCUGUUGCACCAGCCACCCGGGGAAGAGUGUGGAGGCCCAAGUGAGCAAGGACGAGGAGAAGAAAGAGGCCCCAGACAACGUGGUGAUGUUCUCUGAGAAGGAUGAAUUUGAGAAGCUGACAGCAACUCCAGCAAAGCCCACCAAGAGCGAGAACGAUGCCUCAUCUGAGAAUGAGCAGCUGCUGAGCCGGAGUGUGGACAGUGACGAGGAGCCCGCCCCUGACAAGCAGGGCUCCCCGGAGCUGUGCCUGCUGUCGCUGGUUCACCUGGCCAGGGAGAAGUCUGCCACCAGCAACAAGUCAGCCGGGAUUCAAAGCCGGAGGAAAAAGAUCUUGGAUGUGUAUGCCAACGUGUGUGGAGUCGUGGAAGGUCUUAGCCCCACGGAGCUGCCAUUUGAUUGCCUCGAGAAAACUAGCCGAAUGCUCAGCUCCACGUACAACUCUGAGAAGGCUGUUGUGAAAACGUGGCGCCACCUCGCCGAGAGCUUUGGCCUGAAGAGGGAUGAGAUUGGGGGUAUGACAGACGGCAUGCAGCUCUUUGACCGCAUCAGCACGGCAGGCUACAGCAUCCCUGAGCUGCUCACAAAACUGGUGCAGAUUGAGCGGCUGGAUGCUGUGGAGUCCUUGUGUGCAGACAUACUGGAGUGGGCGGGGGUUGUGCCACCUGCUUCCCAGCCACAUGCUGCAUCCUGAAAAGCAUGCCUGUGGGUUGUCCUCCCAGGACAAGCCAAGGAUCAAUGAGGGCUCUGGAGCUGUGAGUGCCAAGAAUCAAGGCUUUUGUGAUGUCACCAUGUGCCUUAGGAUGUUCAAGGAGCCAGAGGAAAUAAGGCCUGUCUUCCAAUUUAACCAAAGAUAAAGGACUAGAGCUGGGCUACUUUCAGAUGCUCGCCUGUACCUCACGAGGCAGAGUAAAUAUCCACUCACGCUGGGCGCAGUGGCUCAAGCCUGUAAUCCCAGCACUUUGGGAGGCCAAGACGGGCGGAUCACGAGGUCAGGAGAUCGAGACCAUCCUGGCUAACACGGCGAAACCCUGUCUCUA